AUGGCCUCCGACGAGUCCGAACUCAACAUCAAGGAAGAGUACCAGUUAUGGCGCAAGAACUGUAAGUACAUGUACGAGUACGUCAGCGAAACGGCGCUCACGUGGCCUUCUCUAACCGUGCAAUGGCUUCCAACUUGCACCGUCGACGAGGUUGUCAACGCCAAAUUGCUCUUAGGAACACACACGUCCGGCAACGAUCAAGAAUACUUGAAGUUGGCCGCGACCAAGUUGCCCAUAGCGGAAGAAACCGCCGCUCAAACCGAGGAUGUUCCCAAAACAAAGGUCUCCUCAAUUAUCAAGAUCGCCAAGAAAUACGAGGUCGACAGCGAAAUCAACCGUGCCAGAUACAUGCCGCAAGACGCAGACGUGGUGGCGGCGUUGCUCAAUUCCGGUAAAGUGGACUUGUUCAACUUGAGUAGUGGUAGUAAGUACUCUACAUUCGACACCGGAAUGGAGAGCAGCUAUUGUCUCUCAUGGAACCCACAACAACAGGGCCAUCUUCUCAGUUCCGGUGCGGAAAACAAGCUUUCCAUUCGGGAUAUCAACAAAGAGUCGGCUGUUCUCGGAGAAACGUCCUCGCACGGGGACAUCGUCAACGACGUCAGCUGGCACGCGUUUGACGCGAACGUGUUCGCGUCUGCUACCGAGGAUGAUAAGAUGAUGUUGUUUGACGCGCGGACGCCGACGCAGGCCGUUUCGUCGUACCAUAGCGUCGGCAGCAGCGGCCUCAACACGUUGGCAUUUUCGCCGUUCUCGCAUAACUUGGUGGCCUUGGGAGGCUCCAACUCCAACAUCAACUUGGUAGACCUACGCACCAACAAAUUGCUACAUACAAUGAUGGGACAUGGCGACGCCAUCACGUGCAUGGACUUUUCGCCGCACCUAGACGGUGUUUUGGCUUCUGGUUCGCAGGACAGACGGGUGUUUAUCUGGGACUUGAGCAGGAUCGGCGAGGAGCAGGCACAGGAGGACGCGGAGGAUGGGUCGCCGGAGAUCUUCAUGAUGCAUGCUGGCCAUACUGGAGCUAUCAAUGACCUCAGUUGGUGUCCAUUUGCAGACUGGACGUUGGCCACUGUUGCAGACGACAACAUCGUGCAUCUCUGGCAGGUCAGUAAGAGUUUGACCGAGGGCGAGCUGAAGGUCGGGGAGGAUGUUGUGUUGGAGUAG